CAUACCGUCAUAAGAACUUGAAAACAAAGCGAAUCAGGUCGACGUGUAGUUUUAUGUGUUAUUAAAGCUAGUGUGCAAUUUUUUCUAUGUUAAAAUACUUUAUCUUAUAUUCAGAGACCAUUAUAUGUAAGCAAUUUUAGGCUGUUUGCUAUGUGGUAACGUUCGAUCUCGACAAGCACGUCAUAGACUCAACCAAUGAGGUGUGUUUGGGGCGGGGCGGGGGAGUGCACGAGGAAACCUGUUUGAAACAAUCGCCUUUUUUUUUUUUUUUUUUUUUUUUAAUUACGUUGACGCUGGUGGAGUAAAAACUAAACACUUCAGCUUUUUUUGUACAUUUUUUAAUUAAUAUUUGAUUAUAUCUUUGUCAAAAUGACAAAAGACUUCUUUCAAAUAAUCAAAAGUAGAUUCGCCUGUGGCAUUUUUUAAGCGUACCACAGAUACUGAACUUUCUAGAGAGAAGUCAGGAAAAUCUCACAACACGCAGAGCAAAGAGAGAAAGGGGCUUGUUUUUUUCCAAAGUGCGUGGGCGACUGGGAGCUGCCUGUGGUGAUAAAUGUCGGCGCUGUCUCUCAAAUAUUAUACUGCAUAUGUGCACCUGCUCAUACAGACGCAACAAUGCGAGGACAAAGUACGGAUAGACAUUUCUCCAGCUUUAAAUGUUAAAUUAGCAGCAGUAGUUAUGUAUAUCCGAAUCAGAUAGUAAUAGAAAGAAAUAAAGAAUGACGAAUAACAUUUCACUGGCAAUAAUAGCCUACGGAAAAUGGCAAAGUACAGAAAACUGCAUUUCUAUUUAUAUUUAUGUGCCAAUGAAUAAUACCCUGUGAUAAUUAAUUCGACUCCAAAUUGGAUGAUGACAUUUUCUUCACCCUCAAUCUUGUUCUAUUAUCGAGUUAAUCGCACUGCGAUCAAUGCACGUGCAAAGUAAUUGCUGCAAUUAUGCGCCAAUUUUCAUUUCGAACACAGUCCGCGCGGAAAUCAUUUACCUAGCUGAUAGCGAUACUGUAAACAGCCGCUUCUUAAUGUCUCUCCUCGAAGCAUUCUGUCGCUGAAAAUAUCAGAUGUACCCGAAGAGGAUCUCAAGUUCCGCUGAAGCGUCUGGGAAAGCAGACUUUGUUUUUUAUGACGUAAUUUGAAGAAACUAACGGACGCGUUAGAGGUUUGAAGGUGUCCACUUUGGAAGUUUGCGCUCUGUCUCUGUGCGAACGUCAGUAUGUGUGUCUGGUGGUGCAACUUCAAGGAGCAGGAGGGGCUCUUCUAUUAUUUGAUCUCGCUAAUUGCCAAUGUAAGUGAACUUUAAGCACCGGACACUAAGCCGAGGAGGUCUUACCGUUCCCGUUGGACUAUAACCUAGACUACUCGCCACUGUUUUAAUUGAGCCUGGAAGAAAAGGCUGCAGCUCUGUCACUAUUUUUUCUUCUUAGAAGAGUCUCCGUGCAGUGUGCCACAUUCAACACGGAGUCAAUCUCACCUAAAACAUGUCCACCAAAUGGUUCCUCUACUUCUUACUUCUGUCAGUGUUUCGUGCAUGUUCUCAAACAGCCGCUUCUGAGGAUGAUGAGUACGACGACGUUACUGUGAAUCAAAUGUUGGCCCCCAAAACCCACGAGACAGACGCAACGCAAAUACUAAACAACUUACUAAAGGAGUAUGACAAAAAACUGCGCCCAGAUAUUGGAGUUAAACCGACAGUCAUUGAUGUUGAUAUCUUCGUAAAUAGUAUUGGACCUGUGUCAUCAAUAAAUAUGGAGUACCAGAUUGACAUAAUUUUUGCGCAGACGUGGACAGACAGCCGGCUCAGAUAUAACAGCACUAUGAAAAUAUUGACUUUGAACAGUAAUAUGGUUGGACUCAUUUGGCUACCGGACACGAUCUUCAGAAAUUCCAAGAGUGCAGAUUCACAUUGGAUUACUACACCAAAUCAGCUACUUAGAAUAUGGAAUGAUGGGAAAAUACUUUACACUUUGAGAUUGACCAUAAACGCAGAGUGCCAGCUUCAACUGCAUAACUUCCCUAUGGAUGAGCACUCCUGCCCCCUCAUCUUCUCCAGCUAUGGAUACCCACGAGAUGAAAUGAUUUACAAGUGGAGGAAGAACUCGGUGCAGGCGGCUGAUCAGAAGUCAUGGAGACUUUACCAGUUCGACUUCAUGGGCCUGAGGAACACCACAGAUAUAAUUAAGACAACAGCAGGUGACUAUGUGGUGAUGACUGUAUAUUUUGACCUAAGCAGAAGAAUGGGAUACUUCACAAUUCAGACCUAUAUCCCCUGCAUACUUACUGUGGUUCUCUCUUGGGUCUCCUUUUGGAUCAAAAAAGAUGCAACUCCAGCCAGAACAGCACUAGGAAUAACAACAGUAUUAACCAUGACAACACUCAGCACGGUGGCACGGACAUCACUACCCAGGGUCUCAUACGUCACAGCAAUGGACCUUUUCGUCACUGUCUGUUUCCUGUUUGUUUUUGCGGCUCUCAUGGAGUAUGCCACACUCAAUUAUUACUCUUAUAGCGCUCGUAGACCAACCUGCAACAAGACGAAAAGAUCGUCUCCACAUUUAGGGAAUGAAGAACAUCCAAGCGCCCCAUUCCGAGCCAAUUCUAAGAACUACUCAGUGCUGGAUGUGGGUCCUCCUCCCACAGUUAUCACGCUCAACAACUCCAUGUACUGGCAGGAGUUUGAUGAUGCCUGUGUUUAUGAGUGCCUGGAUGGAAAAGACUGCCAGAGUUUCUUCUGCUGCUACGAAGAGUGCAAAGAUGGAGCAUGGCGAAAGGGCCGUGUGCAUAUAGACAUUUUGGAACUCGAUGCAUACUCUCGUGUCUUCUUUCCCACCUCUUUCCUAUUGUUCAAUAUUGUCUACUGGGUAGGCUAUUUGUAUCUUUAGCGGUCCCACACACCUCACGACACAAAGGACUUGACUUUCGGUCAAGAGAAGAAACAAAGAAUAGACUGAACCAGGACUUUCAAGGUACAGUAAAAAAGAGUGGAUACUGGUUAUCAGAGUUGAGCUGUGGUGAUACAAGGACUUCUCCAAUAGGAGAUGAAAAUGAAAAAUGAGACUACAGAAACCGAAAGCUACAGCAGAUACGUCAAAACCCUUAAAACCAGGCUGUUUUUAUAUGGUCAGGAAGGAUAUUGCCACAAGCUCUUUAAGUGGUUGCAAUUCUCUGGCAGAGAUCUUUGCCUUUUGUUCUUCAGGUACCAGGGGGGAAAAAAAUGAUUCACAAUGUUCCUCUCCCACAAUCUCGUCUUUUUAUGGGUGAGAGAGCAACUGUAAGAAGUCAAGGUGCGAAAAAUCCUUAGGCCAAGAUAACGUGAGAAAAAAAAAUGCCUUGUAUAGCAUGUCACCCUCUGACUUUUGGUGUCUCUUACAAUCCUGGUAGAUCGUUCACAUGACUGGAAACCUGUCAUCUAGCCAUCAGUCAAAACCAGACCGGCUUUCAUGUAAGCGGAGCUUUCAGAGCCAUCUAUAGUGCCUUCCACUGGAGGAGAAGCCAUCAGGCAGAGAAAUCUUAGAAAUGAUGGCAAGAGCAUCAUCUGGUCUUGACUGACCGCUGAUGGUUUUGUUUUGGAGUUUAUUCAACCUUUAGUUAUAGUCAUCCAUUAUUUUAAUGCAUUCAACAUGUCUAAACCCAUUGUCACUGCAUGUUAUAGUAUUAAGCUCUACCCUGAAUCAGCACAAUAAUGGCAAGAGAGUAGAACCAUUUUGGAAGAUUUGGAAUAUUAAUUAGUAUGUAGAUUGCAAGUGUUUGCCUAUAUUUCUAGAUUUUUAUAGCAUAAUUUUUCCACACAAAACAAAUGUUAUUUAAAGAUUACAUUUAUAUAUUAUAUAGUAGACUUUAUUUUAUUUUGAAAUGCCUAAAGUCUAUUAGCAUCAGUUUAUUAGUUAAAAAGUGCAUGCACAGAAUGGAUCAUAAGUUCCUUAGACUCUCACUCUUCAGUCCAGUCCAGCUGGCAAAAUAGUUGCUAUCCAUGUUUACGCCAAGCAUAGCAAAAUCAACACCGCCCAAAGGAAAUCAAGGAAAGUGGGUGUCUCUGGAUCUUCAUGGACACAUUUGCAUUAUUUGCAGAUUUUAUUAUUCUGUUUAGGACUUGCAGGUUUAUUUACUCUCAUAUACAGUCAAACCAAAAUUUAUUCAGACACCUUGAACAUUUCAUUCAUUAAUUCAGUUUAUUCACUAUAGUUUAAAAAAAAUGGUAAUAAAAUAUGACAAGAUCUCAGAGUUAAACUGUGUCAGAAAAAAAAAAAAAAAUCUUAAUUAUGUUAGAUAACACUUGAGCAAAACAUGGUCAGGUCGAAGUGUCUGAAUAAUUUUUGGUUCCAAAUUUUUAUCAAUUUUACUAGAAGUCCACUGUAUGAAGAAUUUUUGGGUAUAAUAUGUCACAGUUUACUUUAUUUUGCUAUCCUCACUUACAUAAAUGAACUAUAGUGUUCUGCACCCACUAGUAAAAAUAUAUCAAAAAUAUAAAAAAUGUCUGAAUAAUUUUUGGUUUGACUGUACAUUAUUUUUCUCACAGAAUACAGGAAUUAUCUAGCAGAAUAUCAAGGCUGUGCUUUUCCAAACAAUACAAUUGGGUUGUGGUCUUUUUCAAAAAACAAACAAAACAAAAGGUUACACUUUAUUUUAAGGUGACCGUGUCACGGUGUAAUUAUACAUUUAAGUACUGAGUAAUAAUAAUAACUACAUGUACUUACUAUAGGCUUGGAAUUGAGGCUUGUUUAGGGUUAGUUGCAUGAAAUUAUGCAUCAUUUAUAGCUAUUACUAUAGUAACUACAUGUAACGUGUAACAAGGGCACUAUAAAAUAAAGUGUUACCGAAAAAUCAUACAGGUUUGGAGCAACAUGAGGGUAAGUAGAUAAUAACCAAUUUUAUUUAUUUAUUUAUUUUUGAGUGAACUAUCCAUUUAAUAAUAAGAUGGAGUGUCAGAAUAAUACUUAAUCAAAACAGUAAUCAGUAACACCUUACAAAAAAUGGUUCAAAUGGUUGCACUAAGUGCAUCAUUGAAGUAACAAUGAACAGCUUUUUUUACAGCCUUUAUUAAUCUUGGUUAAUGUCAGCUUAUAAAUAUACUGAUGUUCAUUGUUAAUUCAUGUUCAUUCAUAUUACAUUAACUUGUGUUAAUUUAUACAACUUGAAAUGUUAAAAUGAAUUUAUGUAUAAAUUAACUUUGAUUAAUAAAUGCUGUAAGUGUAUCGUUCAUUGCUAGUUCAUGAUACCUAAUGCAUUAGCGAAUGUUAGUGAAUUGAAAUAUGUUGUAAAGUGUUACCAAACAAUCUUCAGCACACUGCAGUAAACCCUACAUAAUCACUGUGCUCAUUACCAAACUGUAAUUCACAAUAAGAGUUGUUACUGUGUUGCCUUAGGGUCACCUGCACAGAGAUACUGUGAGAUGAUCCAUUAGGAGGGAUCAAAUGGAUUAAUAUAAGGUAUCUACUUCAAAUUAUAGUCAUUACCAAAGGAUUCACAUUAGCUGAAAACAUUCUGAGGCAAUCUCAAGCUCUUUGUCUUCUUUUCUUGAUUAAUUAUUUUGUAGUCAUGAUCUUCAUUAUCAUUAUUGUCUCAUAGGUAAAAUGUUAAUGUGUGAUGCACACCAGAGGCAAUAUUAUUGUUAUUUUCUUCCUCAAUGAUUGUAGCAUUUUGGUCCGUCUGAUACCACUGUGGUGGGCUGUGGAUUCUACCUGUGCUCUGCACCAGUUUCAGCUCUAAUACAUCUGACCAACAGAAGGUAUCAACGUUUAAUCAAUCAAAUAAUUUCCACCCGCUCUCUGUAACUUUAAUCUUUGGAGUCACGUUUUUUAUUUGAUUUCAUCUCUGACACUUACUCAUUUUAGUUUGUGCCAAGCGUCUUUGUAAGGUAAUCUUUAAGGAUUGUUUCGCAGUCUGUUAACGAUGUUCUGAAUAACCAGAAAUGUGCUGUGAUUUGCUGCCAAGCCGAUUCUCCUCUUGCAUUUCAUGAGCUAUAGUGAUUUUUCUGUUGUGGCUUCUUGAAGGUGUCAAUCCACUAUUGACCUGUUUUGCGAUUCUGUUUGAUGAUAAUCUGUGAGUGCUUCAACAUGUUGUUAUUGCGGCUGUUAACUCAGUUUGACGUACAAUAAUUAUUAGCUGUUCAUUUAUAGUGGUGCUAGAGCUUCAAACCAUCAUUCGACUUUAACCACCAUUCGAGAGCAGCGGUUUUUGCUCUUUACACCCAAGGAAUCAGACAAAUCUGACUUUGCCAAAAGUUAAUGUUAGUUACCUAAAGCCAUAUGCUGGAAUUAAAUCCAAUUAUACUGCUUUUUAUAGUGGCCUAAUAAUGACAUUAAUUCCAAUGACGAAGUACUCUGUGGAAGGAAAUAGAAAAUCUUGAGCAUUAGCCCUGGAUGUAUUUCAAGCUUAUUUGGUCACGUUUUGUCAUUGGGUGUAGACUACUGGAUAUCAUUCUUCACCAUUCAAGCUAGGGGAUUUUUUAAGCGCAACAGAUAUAAUGUUUAGGUUUUUUUUUAUUAUUAUUAUUUAUCUAUAUUUUUUGCAAGGAUAAAAAGAUUUACACAUUCAAGUGACCUUUAAGAGGGUGGAUAUGCUAUCCUUAAUGAUAUAUAACAUGCAUUCACUGAACACUCAGUACUCUGGUGAACAUGAUUUCACCAAGUAUGUUCCUGGAUCAAUGUUUUUGUUGAUCCUAGAACAAAAUUGCAAUCAACCAAUCAGAUUUGAGGGAUAAGUUUACAGUGUAUGUCAAGUUUAGGCUUACAACCAGGGUUUGGUGCUUCUACAUCAGUGAUAUUCACCUACUGUAUCAUUUCCCUCUGAUUUUAGGGAGAAGUUAUGGGUAGGGUUGGGUUUAACCUGGUCUCAUGGAAAGACGUACCUGUGGGAACAUAUUUGCGAGUCGCAAACAUACGUACCAAUACGUACAUAUCACUGCAGUUUCCAACAGAAAUGAACACUAGAGGCAGUAAAACUGCAAGCGCUUUUAAUCGUUUUCAUACACAGGGUCAGAUUAUGGAUUAAUAAAGACUUGUUUUUAUGUCUCCUUGCACAAUAUUAUGUUAUGACUUCAAAACUCUUUUUACCAAAGUGCACGAUUUGUAAACAGAUAUGUUUCUGAUUUGCUCAGUAGGCUAGUUUAGAUGAUACGGAGGUGGACUUAGAAUGAGGAAGUCUUGGGUACGAAUCCGGGGAAAAACGAGUCACGGUAAAACAGCUCAAAGAUGAGAAAUCAAAAUAAGCUUAUACAGGACGAUUACGGAUGCUUUUUAUGUCACAUUUGCUUUUGUUUUGUUGUUGGUGGUACGUUAUUUUAAAAAAUAAUGGAGCAUUACACUUUCAGCGCCACUCACCGGACAAAAUUUCAAAUCAGAACUGCGGUGAUUCGUAUAAAAACCAACGUCAUAAAAACGUACCAUAUUCACGUUUAUCUGUUCCGGCAAAAACAUUAACAUGCUUUUAGCGUCACUCAGUGGACAUUUCACAUUGAAACUGCGGUGAUUUGUACGUAUUGGUACGUAUUUUGCGACUCGCGAAAACGUUCCCACAUGUACGUUUUUCAAAUGAGACCAGGCUCGUUUAGGGGUAGGGAUAGGGUUAACACUAAAUUUUCAGAGUGGAAUGUUGAUCCAGGAUCAACAAAAUAUGUUGAUCCAGGAACAUGUCUUACUUAGAAAAAUCACGGUGACCCAUAUUUUAUAGCAUCUUUCCCACAGUCCAGCCACUAAGCAGACCAGAUUAAUCUGGUUUUAAAAGUGGUCAUUGCUUACUUUCUUUCUUUUUUUUUCUUUCUUUCUUUCUUUCUUUCUUUCUUUUUAAAUCAUCGAAAUUUGUAAAUUAUUAAUUAACAAAACCUUCAAAGUGCAGGUCGACCGUUAAAGGCUGAAUGCCAAAGAAAUCUCAUUCACCGAUCUGCUAUGAAGAUGGCUCCCCCCCAUUCAUAUCAUUCAUUUUGCUUAAAAAAAGUUGUUGGGAUUUGUUUGUUCCUUACAGUACAGUAAAUUACAGCAUAAUUCCUCACACUUGAAAGUGUCCGAAAGCUUUUUGUUUCAAGUGGUCAGAUUAAGUAGCAAUCAAUGUCAGUGGCCUGUACUGUUUUUGGGAAUAGUCUUAAAAUAUAACCAGUCCUGAUAGCGAUAAUAAUAAUAAUAACUCUUUUCUCUAUUGCCCCGGUCACACAGACACACUUUGUGCACCUCUUUUUCACAUUAACACACAAUCUUUCAUUGUAGAUUAUUGCUUUGUGUUUACAAUGACAAUUUGGUGUGUAUUUCUCAUGUUUCUAUGGUUUGUGAGUGCUCACAAUGUGCAGUGUUGUCAGUGGGGUUGUCAUUUGGAUUUGAUAAUAGAGGGUUUAUGUGAGUUUUUGGCCUGUCUAUAAACUCAUUUCUAUUUCUUGUGCUAUUUUCAUAUAUGUAGUUCUUUUUAUAAUUGAAUUGUAAAGUGCAGAGGUGAAUCAGAAGAUGUGAAAUAAAACUUUGUUUUCUUUUUUCCCAUUUCUGUAUAUCACUGCAAUCUUACCUGCACUUUAUAAGUGACUUAGUUCAAUGUAUUUACAACAAAUUAAAGGUAUUUUGUAAGUAGGAGCAAGUUUCUUUUGCUAGCUGAAAGGUUUGAGUUUUUAUUCAUUCAUCUGUUUUUAUCAUCUCAUUUAACACUGUAAUUAACAGUACAUGGUCCGAUAAGACUGAUGUAGGAGAAUGUUCAAGUCGAUUCCACAUUGAUUUGUGCCCCAGCAGCUGUCAAUAACAACCUCAGUGCCUAUGCAUUAAAAUAACCAUUGUUUAUAUUCAGUGUUAUCAAUCCUCUUAAAGGGACAGUACACCUAAAAAUGAAUAUUCUGUCAUUAUUGACUCACCCUCAUGUUAAUCCAAAGCCGCAUGACUUACUUCCAUGGAACACACAAAUUGUUCUUUUAAGUUGAAUUUUCAAUAAAUCAGUUGAUUCAAUACAGUUCUGAAGGAAUUAUUCACAUAUGGACAUCGUUUAUGAUACUUUCACGGUGAUUUUGCCAUUAUUUUAAAGCUUAAAGGCCGUAUGGGUUUAGAAUGACAUGAGGGUGGAUAAAUAAGAACAGAAUUUUCACUUUUGGGUGAACUAUUCCUUUAAAAACACUACCCGGUAGAGAACAGCUUCUGUGUUCUCAUGUGUUCUUGAUGCAGUGCAGAUUACUCAGCAAUAGUUGACUGACAAAACUGCAUCUCGGCUAAAAGCAAAUCACAACUAAAAAUGAAAAUUUCCUAUUUUCUGAGAGGAAAUAAACAAUGAAAACAUCAGAAGCAGUAAGCGUGUAAAACUGGGGAUCUAAAAGUAGGUUAAUGCUGUUAGUGCUCCGUAUGCAUCCACAAAGGCCCUGCGCUCUCAAAAUUAUUCACUGAGCAUUACCAACCUUGAGAACGCAGUAUUUAUAAAAUGCAGAGGGAGACGGGUGGAUGAUUAUAUUUUAUAAUGUCACAGAUCCGAUUCCCUGGGCAAAUGGAUGGGUGAUACAUGACGUCAAAAUAAGAGAUAAUGAUGUAUCUGACAUUUCAUCUAAAAGACUGUCCCUCUAAAGUUCACUAACCCGGGAGAGACAUGUUAUUACAUAUUGUUAAAUUACACUUUUUUAUGAUUUUUUUGAGGGGAAAGGCAAUAUCAAUUGGCAUUUGUAAUAUGAAAAAGGGUUCAUUAACACUAGCCCUCGAAAUUGCUUCAGUGAAAAUGCUGAUCUUGAGCAUUGCACUUAAUUUUAGGGUGUAUUUACACGACUACGAUGUAAUAAAAAUGGAAGUUUUUCCUUGCGUUUUCUGCGUACAGAUGACAACAUUGUCAAAACAAUCCCCAUUCACAUGGAUCCGCAAAAAAAUGAUUAAAAACCCUGUAUUUUGCUGCCAGGCCAGUAGUUUACUUUGUUAAGAAACACUACACGCAUAUAGACUGAACACGUAAUACGCAUGCGCAUGACGCCACUGUUUUCACAAAUUCCCAUUUUUGUGGUUUACAUGGAGACAAUAAUUGUAUCGUUUUCAAAAACUUGCACUUUGAAAAAUGUUUUCAAAAGUUUGCAUUUUCAGGCCCACAAAACGACGUUGUAGUGAAAAUGAAUGGCCAAAACACAAAACAACAGUUUUUAGUUGAAAACAGUGUCCCCUUACGUGUAUCUCUUUAGAAUUAUAGCCUAACAAAAAUAUUCCCUAAAUUUAAGCUGGCUGGUGAUACAGAUAGUUAUUAAAAACUAAUAAUGUAGCAAACAAAUUAGGAAUGAAAAUGAAUUUAAACAUGUGGAAUUGUUUUUGUUUUUUUAAAUGUUCCUCUUGCCUCUAUUCUGAUGAGGCCUGAAUCUCUCUAACACUAAACUUGGAAUGGUUGCUAUGGGAACAUUGUUCAUUCUGUGUGUAAUGAAGUGAAGCCAAAGAUGA